GUUUACAUUGAUCGAAAUGGAGUCAAUCGACGUGGAGGAAGAAAGUGUUUUAACAGCAAUAUUUAAAGAUUCAUUCCCAGACAGCUGGCAGAGUGAUCCAAACUUUGUACAGUACUUGUCAGAACUUAGUUCAUAUGGAGUUGAAAAGCUUGCUCAGGAACCAGACCGGCUGUCUGAAGAGAAGACACAGAUUCUAGAAGAAACGCAGAACCUAGCUUUCCAGAAUUACAAAACAUUUAUACAGACUGCAGAAUGCUCCAGAGAAAUAUUUGAGGAUUUUCAGAUAAUAGAGCAGCAUGUUGAGGGUUUACUCGAGAAGUUGCCUGAAUUCUCAGAACAAUGCAAUCAGGUACUGAAGAAAGCACAGGAUAUAACCUCAAGUCGCCGAAUGAACAGCCUGACGUUACAGCGUCACACGCAGUUGCUGGAGAUCUUGGAACUUCCACAGUUGAUGGACACAUGUGUGAGGAAUUGUUACUAUGAUGAGGCCCUGGAACUAGCAUCCCAUGUCAAACGCCUCGAGAAGAAACAUUCAGGCAUUCCAGUCGUAGCUAAUAUUGUAAAUGAGGUGAAGAUGUCAACGCAGUUAAUGUUAAAUCAGCUGAUCCAACAACUGAGGACCAAUGUUCAGCUGCCUGCCUGUCUUCGUGUGAUCGGAUAUCUCCGGAGAAUGGAUGUUUUUACAGAAGUUGAGCUCCGUAUCAAGUUUCUACAGGCAAGAGACUCAUGGUUCCAAGGCAUCCUGGAAGCUGUUCCAAAAGAAGAUGCAUACACGCAUAUUACCAAGUCUAUUGAAGCAAGUCGUGUAAACUUGUUUGACAUCAUCACACAGUACAGGGCAAUAUUCUCAGAUGAAGAUCCACUCUUGUCUACAUCCAAAGAUGAAUCUCUGAAUGAAGGGGCGUUGUUCCAUACAUGGAUUGUUCAAAAGGUUUCUCAGUUUCUGGCAAUACUGGAGGAAGAUUUAGCUCGAGGUGUAGGUGGGAGAUUGGACUCUAUACUUGGACAGUGUAUGUACUUUGGAUUGUCCUUCAGCAGGGUGGGUGCAGACUUUCGAGGAUUACUGACUCCUAUAUUCCAACAAGCAGCACUAAAUGGUCUAUUACUAGCACUUCAGGAGGCUAAUAAAAGAUUUGAGGACAGUAUGAGAUGUUACAGCCUCCUGUCAGCAACAUCUACUAUGGGUGGUCUACCGUACAAUGCGGCCACUCAGAGUGGUCAGCUGUACCCGCCAACUAUCUUGCUGGACUUCUACCCUCUUGCUGCAUACUGUAACGACGUUCUAACAGCGCUGAAUGAACUACGACUGUGUGCACCUGUUGCCUUAGUAACGGAAGUUAGCAAUGCUUUACACAAUUCCUUUGUAAAUGUCAACAAAAUCAUACUUGCCUUUCACAGGGCUGAAGAGACCACAUUUGACAGGAAGGAGAAGGAAAGAUUUGACGAGUUCUGUUCAGCCUAUGCCCACAGUCUUGUACCAUACAUCAAUAAGUGUCUGCAAGCGCUGUAUCCACAGACACAGUUAGCACAAAUACUUGGAGUUACAGUGUCAGAACUAAACAAAAUGGGUGGACUUGGACAGGUGAAUAUAAAAUCUGCCUUACAGAGCAUAAGUCAUCUGGUUCCCGAAGUUGAAGCGGAACCAGUAACUGUACCAGUUACAGAAGUCGAGUCGAGACAUGAAAUACAAAAUACCAUUCCAGAAGUACCAAGUGACCAGUCAGAUGUUCUUUCAGAAACUGUGGCAGACAAUAACCAACCAGAAGCAGUGUUACAAAAUUUAAGUACUAAUAACCAAUCAGAAACCAGUACAGAAAAUGUAUUUUCUGAAAUGAGCCAAUCACAAGAUAAAGUGAUAGAAAAUGAACCAGAAACAGAUUUGACAGAAGGGAAAGGUUCACAUGAAGUGAAAUUUUCUCUCAGUGAUACUGAAGGAGAAGCUGAGCUGGAAAAAGAUAUAAUGAGUACAAAUAUUGAAGAUGUUGUACCAGAUACUGAAGAAAAUUUGGACAUUGAACAUGAUUUAUCUGCCCUUGCUGCAGAUGUAUUGGGCACAAAAUCUGAAGAAAAAACCGAUUGAUCUGUUUAUAAUGUUACAUAUAUUUGAGGUUGUCCCAGAAUUUAGACUUUUGCUAUUUCUGUUGAAUGGGAUGUGAUAAGCAAAUUUACUGGAUUGGUAUACAACACAUUUACUUCAUAACUAUGCUUGCUUUUUACUGUGUAAGAUCUUGAAGCCUUUUGAAGAACAUGAAAGAAUAGGAAAGAGAAUGUCAAUAAUAAUGAGGUUACUGUUCAGCAUGUUAAUUUUCAACUUUUUUUAAAUUUCUAUAAAAUGUUGAGAUACUAUAGUGUCUUUAAUAAUAUAAUGAACGGCCCUCCUUAGCUUUCCCAUGUUGUCAUAAAUAUAUCAGGUAGUAAAACAACAGACCUGGUUAGCAAGGUCCUUGAUGGCCUGAAUUGACGUCAUCUCCAUUGUAGACUUUUUAGCUAAACCCUUAUCAUGUUUACAGCUUUUUAUGCUCCCCGAAGGGUGAGCAUAUAGUUGCCGCUUUGUCCGUCCUUCUGUCCAUCUGUCCGUCUGUCACACUUUUGUCUGGAGUAUAACUUGAAAAGUAUUAAUGGCAUUUAAUUGAAACUUCACAUAAUCAUAGAGGCCAUUGAGACAAAGUGCAUUGUCAAAAAAUCAUAACUCUACCUUACAUAGUUUUUGAAUUGUUUCCCUUUAUCAAAUAAGGCUUGUCGGGAGCAUUACUUGAAAAGUAUUAAUGGCAUUUCAUUGAUACUUCACAAAAUGAUAGAGGCCAUUGACAUGAAGUGCAUUGUCAAAGAACCAUAACUCUACUUUACCUAGUUUUUGAAUUAUCUCCCUUUAUUAUACAAAAUAAGGCUUGUACGGAGCACUAUUUGAAAAGUAUUUAUGGCAUUUCAUUGAAACCACGAAAUGAUGGAGGCCAUUGACGGAAAGUGCAGUGUCGAAGAACCAUAACUCUACUUUACCUAGGUUUUUAAUUAUCUCCCUUUAUUAUACAAAAUAAGGCUUGUCCGGCGCCUUACUUGAGAAGUAAUAAUGGCAUUUCAAUGAAACUUCACAAAAUGAUAGAUUAAGCACAUGCAUCUUGGAGCAUCAUUCGGUUUUACUGAUUCCUUGUUUUUGGUCUGUCAUUUUUUAUGGCACUAAUAAAGAUAUUCUGUGUAUACAGAUGUUCAUAUUGCUGCAGCGUCUAUCAUCUCAUGAGUUUGUGUUGGCAUUUAGCCCAGAUUAACCACAGAAUUUGAGAAAAAAUAGAUGAAUUACUAUUAAACAUCCUCUUUCCAAAAAUUCUUCGACCAGUGUUGGUAUGUUUUGUACCAGUAACUGCAGUCCCAGCUGAUAGAAGUUGAAAUUUCUAGCUAACAUUCGCUGGGCAUUGUACAGUACCCUCACAAUGAGACACUGUUACUGUAACAAAAUGAAGGAAAUAUGGACAGCACAGUGUCUUGAUAAUUGCUCAAAAUUUAACCUUCACUUAGUUACUAUGGUGAUAUGAUGAUGACAGACAUUGUUCAAACAUGUAAAUCAAGGGACACAGCUAAGUAGGUUGAAUAUUGCUCCAGAUAAAUUUCAUUAUAAUGGUAUAUAAACAUUUUGUAGUGAAAGUCUACGUAAUCUUGGGACACCAUUUGGGUAUAUUCAAUGCUUUUAGUGAUAAUGUGGGAUAAAGUGUGUAGUAGUGCUGUUAUAUACAUGUAAUGUGUUAAUGGUAUACAAGAUUUAUUUAUUUGAACUAUCUUGUUUUAAUUGUCACAGAUAUUGUUUGAGAUACAUUAUCGGUAGUGAUUUUUAUUUAGUCAUGCAUCAUUUAUUUAUUACAAAGUAAAACACUUAUUUUAAGAAAAUGAUUAUAUUUCUGAGCUAAGAUUUGUAUUAUUCUGUAAAUGAUACUUAUUCUGAAUAAAUCAUUCCUGUAUUGGA